CACCGGGUCAUCCAUGAGGCUAGAGGCCGCAGCCAGGAUGGAUGUGUUCAGGAAGCUGUGGACUGCGCGGAAGCUGAUACUCGUGGUGUUCAUCCCGCUGUCACUGCUUCCAUUACCUCUCACCCACCCCACCAGCGAGGCAUGCUGUGCGUACGUGCUGAUGGUGACCGCAGUCUACUGGGUUUCUGAGGCUGUUCCCCUGGGGGCUGCUGCUCUGGUACCAGCCUUCCUCUAUCCGCUAUUUGGGGUUCUCAAGUCCAGCGAGGUGGCAGCGGAGUACUGUAAAGACACCACUCUGCUGCUGAUGGGAGUCAUCUGCCUGGCCGCCUCCAUAGAGAAGUGGAACUUGCACAAACGCAUCGCUCUGCGCAUGGUGAUGAUUGCAGGGGCCAAGCCUGGCAUGUUGGUGCUGGGCUUCAUGUGCUGCACAGUGUUUCUGUCCAUGUGGCUCAGCAACACGUCCACCACAGCCAUGGUGAUGCCCAUCGCAGAGGCGGUCCUGCAGCAGCUGAUCUGCACCGGCCUGGCCGACGGCCCUGGCGAUUCCGAAACAACUGAGGCCCCCGAGAGGGACAGCGCUGUUUCAGACAAAGAAGAGAACUUUGACAAAAACAAGCUGGAGCUGCUCUAUCGCAAUGACAGCAGCGACUGCACUAAACAGGAGCUCGCUACAGGCGAGGAUGAAACGAAUGGUUUAGGUGUCAUCGGGCACGCCAACGGACACCUGCCGCAGGUCGCAAUUGAAAUUCCGAAUGUGAAGCGGGUGAAGACCAGGAGGGACUCGCAGUAUCCUACCAAGAAGGAUCACAUGAUCUGUAAAUGCCUGUCGCUCAGCAUCACCUACGCUGCGACCAUCGGAGGCCUCAUCACCAUCACCGGCACAUCCACCAACCUCAUCUUCGCCGAGCAGUUUAACACUCGUUACCCCGACGCAAAGGUCAUCAACUUCGGCACGUGGUUCAUCUUCAGCUUCCCAAUCGCAAUCAUAAUGCUGGUUCUCACUUGGCUGUGGCUGCACUUUCUCUUCCUCGGCUGCAACUUCAGGGAAACAUGCUCGUGGAGUAAGAAACGCAAAACCAGGCGAGAGAUGCUGUCGGAGAAGAGGAUCCAGGAGGAGUACGCCAAACUAGGACCCAUCAGCUACCCAGAGGUUGUGACCGGUGUUUUCUUCAUUCUGAUGACACUGCUGUGGUUCACCAGAGAGCCUGGUUUCGUGCCCGGGUGGACAUCUCUUUUUGAGAAGAAAGGCUACAGGACCGAUGCAACCGUCUCUGUCCUUUUGGGCUUCUUGCUCUUCCUCAUCCCUGCCAGGCGACCCUUCUCCUCCUCUUCCUCCUCCAGCUACAUGGACACAGCACCUGAUGACAAUUCAGAAUCCGAUCCGCUGGCUCCUAUGAUCACGUGGAAGGACUUCCAGAGGCUGAUGCCGUGGGAGAUCGUCAUCCUGGUGGGAGGAGGCUAUGCACUGGCUGCUGGUUGCAAGGUGUCUGGCUUGUCUAUGUGGAUCGGCAGACAGCUGGAGCCCAUGAGUGGUCUUCCUCCGUGGGCCGUCACCCUGCUGGCCUGCCUGCUGGUGUCGGCGGUCACAGAGUUUGCCUCCAACCCGGCGACCCUCACCGUCUUCCUGCCCAUCCUGUCAGCGCUGUCAGAGACCUUACGCAUCAACCCUCUCCACACUUUGAUCCCAUCCACCAUGUGCGUGUCAUUCGGGGUCAUGCUUCCAGUGGGGAACCCCCCCAACGCCAUCGUCUUCAGUUACGGCCACGUGAAGAUCAGCGACAUGGUGAAAGCAGGCUUCGGGGUGAACCUGAUCGGCGUGGCGGUGGUGAUGUUGGCCAUCACCACAUGGGGGGUGCCCCUAUUCAACCUGAAUGAGUUCCCGGCGUGGGCGGUGGCCAGGAACGUCACCGGAGGCUUAUAACCACCGCCGGAUGGGGGAUGAAUCAUUGGAGCGAGAGAGAGAGAGAGAGAGAGAGAGAGAUUUUUUACAGGCCAGUGCUUGCUUGCAAGACAACAAGGAAACAAAUGAAAGAGUAGUGUGUUGCUCGGAUUCCAGUCCUAUUUGGUUCAAAUGGACCUGAUGAUGAAGAGAAGGGGUUAGAAGAAGAGGAGAGCGGAGAACCAUUACCUGUUGCCUAAUAAUUCAAAUCAUAUGGUUUUGGCCAGAAGGGGCCGUCACGAGAAAUGCAGAACUGUGUGGAGCUCUGGAUCCUUUUUCCUUUUGUCCAGGAAGUUUGAUGGAGAUCCCGUUUUCAACCAAUCACUUUUUUUUUCUCUCUUGGUUGAUAAGGAAAUAUUAUUUGUUAUUAUAUUAUUUGAUUUAACAUAGAUAAACACAUCAUGCCUUACUCAGUGGAUCAGUAUUUAGGUGCAAUGUAUUGCAACACAAUUAGCUGGUGACAAGUUUGCUGAGAGAAUAUGAGGCUGCUACUAUGUACCCACUAUCUCAUGAUAGGAUGUCGGUUUUUAAAAGAGGUUAACGCUUGUGUACUGUUUAUGGAUAUUUUCAGAGGGGGCCUGUAUAACUUUGAAAAUCUAGGUGUCUUUAUAUGUGCCUGAUGUCUUUACCAAAGUUUCUGGAGCUGAUUCUGUGUCCCAUCAUACUGUUGAUGCUAAACAAGCAAGUAGCAGUACCCACCGGUUCCUUUUUUUCUGUAUUAUUUCCUGCUCUUUUGGCAUGACUGACUCUUGCGGGAAUUAGACCUCAAACCCUGAAAGUGUCCCUGCCUUGAUUUAAUCAAUUUAAAUUGGGGACAGCAGUAGUGUCAAUGCUUUUUACUGUGUUAGAAUAGUAAGAGUGUAAACAAUCAAACUAUUGUGUGUUUUAUGCCAACUGGAUGUUUAAGCUUUCACUUCUUUGUCUAUGGCCUUAUUUUGGCAUCAUAUUGAAUGCAUCUGAAAUGUUCAUUAUUAGAUUAUGAAGUCUGAGUAUUUUGCCAGCAUGAGUUCACGAGGUUGUUAUGCCACCAUGAUUAAAAACAUUAACUUAUCCAGAAUAAAUGGCCUAUUAUUAUCACAAAGGCCUGUGUCUUAAGAGAUAUGGUGCUUUUGGCAUGUUUGGUCAAAAGGGGAGGUUUCUCUCCCAGCACGUUCAGGCCAACAAGAAAUGUUGAUUUGAGAAGCUGUGAAAGUGCCUCCAAGCUCACAGAGGUUGCGAAUGUAGCAUAAAGCAUAAAAGUGAGAGAGAAGGGUAGCAUUGUUUGUUCAAUCAAUUGUCAAAUCAUUAUUGUUGCCUGAUGUUGAAAAGGUUUAAGCACAACGUUCACUGCCAUGUGCAAAUAUGUCAACGUUUUUUUUAAAUAUAUCCCUGCAUUUUAAAAUAAUGUGGGUAUAAUAAAGGCCUACAAAUUUAAUUUGUAAUUUAUUCAGUUCUGCUGAAGGUUUGACACAUAUUGAUGGUGUUGCAUCAGUAACUUUGACCCAGGGGCCUCACAUUUUUUGUAAAUACACACAAAUUUGUAAUAUAAAGCCUGUUUCCAAAAUGGGCUGUAAUAUUUCUAAAUGUUGUGUUUUUAGGUCUUUUCAAACAGAUAAUAGAGAAACAUUAAAAACACGCACAACAAUAAAACAACUUAAAACCUGA